AUGACAUCCGGGCACGUCCUCCGGUUUCCCCGGUCAGAUGAGGAAGGCGCUUUUGUCAUUGUUCAGGCUACGUCAACUCGUUCCAAGGCCUUGGAUGUCAAGUUGGUGGGCACUGAUGGUAGGGAGCCGUAUGCCAUCUCAUUGCGUCAUGACAAAGUCUCAUCCUUCCGUGUCAAGAACAGCCCCUGUUCGGAGGAUGAGUGGGUUUCUAUACUCACUGCAGUCCUCAGGCAAGACCCAGCCAGCGAUAUUGAGGUCCUUGCCUCUGUUGAAGACCAGUCAUCCAUCACCCUAACCAUUCGCAAAAAGGGGAAAGAAUUUACUCAACGUCUUGGCGCCAUUGAGUUAAGCCACAACCCACGCGAGUUGAUUGAGCUAUACGACUGGUGUGGCCUGUCGGUCCAGACCGCGGAUGAGGCCAAGGAGGCUCUAGCUUCAGCAACCGCCAAAGCCAGCCAGCUUGAAGAAACCGUGCGCGAGCUCAAAGCUCAGCUCGAUGAGUUAGUUGCGGCCAAGGAGGCCGAUGAGUCGGAGCUCCUGGAGAAGUUCCGCGACCUGCUUAAUGAGAAGAAGGUCAAGAUCCGGCAGCAGCAACGAAUUUUAGCGUCUGCUUCCGUCGACCCGGAGAGACUGGCUUCACCAGCUGUCAAGCAGGAAGACCCUGCGCAGGAACCAAACCUGUCGAGCUCAGGCACUGUGCGUGCGGCAGGCAAGUCGCGAGCAACCAAAAGAAAGGCUGCACCUGCACCAGUCGAUGAUGAUGAUUCUGAUGAAGAAUUUGAAAAAAUGGAUGUUGAUGCAGCUAUGGAGCCUGCUCCAGAGCUGUCUGACCAACAACGCGACACGACUGAGGACGAAGAUGAGACGGCAAGUGAAGAAGAAGAAGAUGGUGACAGCCCGGUAGAAGUACCACCGGCAAAGCAAGCACCACCAAAGAAGUCAGCACAGUCACAUGAGAAGCCAGGGCCAGCAACCAAAGAGGCACCUCCACCAAAGCGUGCUUUGCCAUUUGCUAGGAAGAAGCAAGCCCCGGCUAAACCCUCUCCGCCUCCUGCGGACAGCGAGACAGAAUCCGACGACGAGUUGUGA